AUGAGUGUGCUAUGGACGACGUCGUUCUGUUCUGUUCUUUCAUAUUGAUGGUUAAAUUCUCUCCAGGAGUCUACAGCAGGUUCUCCCUCUGAAAACGUCUUUAGCGUCCUGACUCCUGACCCGUCACACUCUCACUUCCUUCUCGAAGAAUUUUCAAGCCUGAGAUUGAAAGAUGGAGGAACUUUUUGUUGUGAUUCUCUCUAUGCUUCUCUUUGCUGCGUUAGUUCCACUCUACCUGUGGAAACGCCGUCAAGAUUCUCGAUCACCGGAUGAAAACGAAGAACAUGAGGUUCCAAGGAGGGAAACAGUUGUACGGGCUACUGGUGCUCGUCGAAUGCGCCGGAGACCGGCUGCAGGAGCUAGUACAUCAUCAGCUGCAGUAGCAAGUGUUGAAGAUACAGAAGUUGUUGAUGGAAGUGAUGAUGAAGCUGCUGCAGAUGAGUCUUAUGAGGCUAAAGCAUCAAAGAAGAAGGAAAAGAAACGGCAAGAGCGGGAAGCACAACGUCAGGCUGAACAAGCUGCAAGAGAUUCAAGGUAUGGUAAACAAGACAGGUAUGCAGAAAUGCGGAGGAGGAAGGAUGAGGAACGUGAGGCGAAGGAGCUUAUGCUGGAAGAAGAAGCAAAGGCUCGUAAGGCCAGGGAGGAGGAAGCUGCUGCAUUAGAGUUUGAGAAGUGGAAAGGAGACUUUUCAGUCGAUGCUGAAGGCACUAUAGAAAGCGAAGUACAAGAUGGAAAUCAGGACUUGCUUUCAAAUUUUGUGGAGUACAUAAAGAACCACAAAUGUGUUCCCUUAGAAGAUCUCGCUGCAGAAUUCAAGUUACGCACUCAGGAAUGUAUCAAUCGGAUUACCUCCUUGGAAAGUAUGGGGCGACUUUCUGGUGUCAUGGACGAUAGAGGAAAAUACAUAUACAUCUCACAGGAAGAAAUGAAAGCUGUUGCGGACUACAUUAAGCGUGAGGGGCGGGUUAGCAUCUCGCAUCUGGCUAGCCAGUCCAACCAGUUCAUUGAUUUGGAGCCAAAAGCCGAGUUUGUUGAGGAAAUCUGCAAUGUGGAGGAGAUCAGUGUAUCUUGAUUCAAGUGAAUCUGUGUCAUAGAUAAUUAGAUAUAUAGUGGGAAACGAAAUGCAUAAUGAAAAGUAAAGAGGCUUUAUUCAA